AAUGGGCGGUAAGAAGUUAUUGUAUAAAACUGACAUAGAGCUAUUGUUAACGGAGCGCAUCUCAUAGGCUAGCAAGCAUAUCGCACUUACGGUAUAGUACACCGGAACAAAGACAGCAAGCUUAUUUGUCUUCACAUUUGUUGAGUGUUCAGCAUCACGCACAAGGCCUUUUCACGAUCAACACACAAAGUCACAAACACGUUCCCUGCAUCGCAACGUGAACAACCAUGGCAAGUACGAUGACAAUGAAUGAAUGUCAUACACAAACAUGUGACGAAGAUCGUGCAAAUGAAAAGCAAAACAUCAAUAACGACACACAGUUAGAGGACAAACCGCAAUUCCGUAAAUGGGUCGUGUUCGAUAAAUCGCGACGUUUGAAAGCAAGCGCGCGCGAGAGAAAAAGGCGCCAUGUUUUGAAUAACGCACUGGAAAGCUUACGCAAGAAAGUGCCGUGUUUCGACCAGCAAAAUCCCCAAAAACUUUCUAAAAUAGAAGUGCUUCGUCAGGCUAUAGACUAUAUUUCAGAUCUGAGUGAAUGUUUAAAGAAGGCCAACUCUAGUGGUUUUGCCUUAACUUCUUUUCACAAUCCUUUGAUGUUGGAGCAAGGAAGCUGUAUGGAGUAUCAACCAACAACAUAUUCUGCUAUAAACUCAAUAAUUUAUCACAAUGCUAGAGCGUAUGGCUUCGACAACGAACAACCUUCGAGUCCGACUAUUGAAGAAUGUUUAUCCCCCGAUAUCAACACAACGUACGCUUACUAUGAGACGGGACCAAGUGAGGAUCUGGAUUAUGGUAUCAACGAUGCAGAAUUGGAUAUUUAUCUUCAAGGUUUUACUCAGUAAAACUGCAGUCCCAUCGACCACUAAAGAACUUAAAAAUUUCGAGACAUCCUCAAAGGAAAAAUUAAUGGAGAAGAAAAAAGGAAUCAUACUAUUCGCUGACACACAACCGGCAAAAAAUAUCAGUAUGAAAACUUCAAAGCAGUAUCAUUUUUUACCAUUAAGAUAUAUAACUAUAAGCAAAUAUAAAUAAAUAUAUUCUAAUAAUUUUGAAGGAUUGUAUAUAGAACUUUCUUAUACCAUAUAAAAAGUGUGGGAGCUCUCUAACUUCCUAAUACUUUAGUGAUAAGUGUGUGUUGACAAAUGUCAUUUGAGCAGACAAGAAUGUGGUCGACAUGCUUCAACCGACAUCACGAACAGAACAGAUGUGGCUUUAACUCUGAUAAUUUGUACAUUCACAACACCAUUUACAAUGUAUAAUAAACUUAACCCAUUUUCAUAUUAACACUACGUACAAUAUAAAAGUUUACUAAAUAAAGUUCUUUGUUUUGGUAGUA